AGUGCAGCCAGCUGCCGGACUGUUCCAAUCCCCGCUGGAGUGGAAACACGGGGGGAGGCAGACAGUCCUCUCUUUUCUCCCUUUCCCGUUUUUUACCUCGUUGUGCUUUGCUUUUUUAUUUCACCUUUGCUUCUCCGUCUUUCUCUCUCUCUCUUUUUUCUAUUCUUUCUCUUUUCAGUGCACAACUUUCCCUAUUUUUUUUUCUUCGCCACCCUUUUUUUCCGCUCCGUUUGAAGGUUCUUAUUAAACCCGUUCCAUUUUGCUUACAGCUCGAGUUAUUUAUUUAUUUAUUUAUUUAGUAUUUUUUUUCUUUGCCUUUUUUAUAUCUACAUCUACAUGUACACACACAAGUAGAAUAGUCGUUUAUCUGUUUUAGCUGUGCCCCAAAUGAGAAGACGCAAAAGAUGGAACUGCACAUUUUAGAGCACAGCCUGAAAGUAGCCAGUAUAGCAAAAGAAGGCAUCCAGAUUUGCACUCACGGAUUAAUCAAACUCGCUUUCCUGCCUUCAAAAACAAGAUGCAAGUUCUUCAGUUUGACCGAAACCCCCGAGGAUUACACCAUCAUAGUUGACGAAGAUGGCUUUAAAGAACUGCCCGAGUCGGAAUAUCUCAGCGUAGCGGACGCGACAUGGUUAGCUCUCAACGUGGUGUCGGGGGGCGGCAGCGCCACCAGCUCUCAGCCAAUCGGCGUGACCAAAAUCGCCAAGUCCGUCAUUGCCCCCCUGGCCGACCACAACAUCUCCGUCUUCAUGCUGUCCACCUACCAAACGGACUUCAUUCUGGUCCGAGAGAGGGAUCUCCCCAUGGUCAUGCACACGCUGUCCUCCGAGUUCACCCUCCUCAGGGUGGUCAACGGAGAGACGGUAGCCGCCAACUGCUCCGGAGUCACCAACGGUUUCGUCAAGCCUAAACUUGUCCCACGUCCCAUCAUUCACCCUCUCUCCAGUCCCAGUAACAUGUUCUGCGUGACGAGUCUAGACCCAGACACACUGCCCUCUGUGGCCACCCUGCUCAUGGACGUCAUGUUCUACUCAGGAGGAGGGAAGGAGGCAGGAGCACAGAAUGAGGAUUCAGGACACAUCCGCUUCUUCUCCUUCUCCCUGAUCGAGGGCUACAUCUCCCUGGUUAUGGACGAGCAGACAACUCGAAGGUUCCCCAACAACGUCCUCUUUACCAGCGCUUCAGGAGAGCUUUGGAAAAUGGUUCGCAUCGGAGGACAGCCUUUAGGAUUUGACGAAUGUGGGAUUGUGGCCCAAAUAUCUGAACCUUUGGCAACAGCUGACAUUCCAGCCUACUACAUCAGCACCUUCAAGUUUGACCAUGCUCUGGUUCCAGAGGAGAACAUCCAGAGUGUGAUCGGAGCCUUGAGGACCAAUGAGAGCACAGGACAGUGAGAUUGGACACGAGCCUCUCCGAGUCCCUGCUAGAUUAUCAUUUUCAAAAGUGCCAAGAGCUUUGUGAGGACUGCUGUUGGGAGGGGGUGUGGGGGGUGGUGGUAACGGGAGCUGGGGGUGAGAAUGAAAGGUGUGUGUGAGUGUGUGUUUGUGCGUGAGAGAGAGAGAGAGAGAGAGAGAGAGAGAGCUAGCUGGGUUGCUUUAGUUGCACUCUCCCACUUUCAUUAGACUGAUUGUGCCAAUACCUGUCCCUCAGCCUCCUGCUCCAGAGUGCAUCCUUUUCUACAGGGACCCUCAGCUAGUGUGACUGCAGUGUUAGAUUUUUCUCCUUUCUCCCCCUCUUCCUUAUACCCCCCCCCC